GGAGAAAUGUAGGCGCAGGAGCCGCGAAGUGGGCUGGACGGAGCGGCGCCUUGCCUUCCCUCGGCCGCCUCGAGCCGGGCGCGUCCCAGGUGCGGGAUGUCUGCCGGGACCCUGCUGCGCCUCGACGGGCGACUCCUCGGGCGCAGUUUUCGGCAUGGCGCUCCAGUGAAAGGCAGAACUUCUCUCCCUCUUUGCGCCUCGCCUGAGAAACAACGCCGCCGCUGCUGCUGAGUGUACUUUGGUUUGGGUUUCCCCCUUCCGUCCCUUUUCCUCAGGAGAUGGCGAGGGCUUGCUGAGGAGAAGGAGUUGGCGACGCCUGGAGUGGAGCUAAAGCCGCGGGAAGGGCUCCGGGGUCCCGCGAUGGCCACAGAAGUGGUGUGCGGACUGAUCUUCCGUCUCCUGCUCCCCAUUUGCCUGGUCACCGCAUGUGCAUUCCGCUACAAUGGACUUUCAUUUGUCUACCUCAUUUAUCUCCUGCUUAUUCCACUCUUCUCCGAACCUACAAAAACAACAAUGCAAGGGCACACAGGGCGAUUACUGAAAUCAUUGUGUUUCAUGAGUCUAACAUUUCUACUUCUGCAUAUCAUCUUUCAAAUCACAGUAAAUAGCCUUGAAGCUGCUAACACCAUUGAACCAGAUUAUAACUGUUCAACAUGGGAGAAAAUACUACGACAAAUUGGCUUUGAAAGUGUCAAAGGGGCAGAUGUUGGCAAUGGGAUCCGAAUUUUUGUUCCUGAUAUUGGCAUGUUCAUUGCCAGUCUCACCAUAUGGCUUAUCUGCAGAAAAAUUGUUGAAAAAACAGCAGAAGAAGAUGCAGGACUAUACAACGCACAGUUUGAAAAUGAAGACAUGAAUGAAGCAGAGAGGUUAGAGGCAGAAGAUGCAUUAAUAUGUGAAGAUUUGGAUGACGAAUGUGGGGAAGAGGAAUUUGAAGAAACCACAAAAUUAAAACUGCUGCGUCGGAUUGCAUCAAUAGCUUCCAAACUAAAGGAGAUUAUUGGCAACAUUAUAACCACAGCUGGAAAAGUUGUUGUUACAAUUUUACUUGGUGCAACAGGGAUGAUGUUGCCAUCACUGACUUCAGCUGUAUAUUUCUUUUUAUUUUUGGGUUUGUGUACAUGGUGGUCCUGCUGCCGAUCAUUUGAUCCGCUGAUAUUCAGCUGUCUCUGCGUGUUAAUGGCAAUAUUCAGUGCAGGCCACUUAAUUGGACUUUACCUGUACCAGUUACAGUUUUUUCAGGAAAUUAUUCCUCCAGACGAUUUUUAUGCCAGGUUAUUUGGUGUCACUUCUGUCAUUCAAACUAACUGCUCAAGCACUUGGAAAAUCAUAACCAACACAAAGUUGUACUGGUACCACCAUACCAGUCCUAUGUUAAUAUUGCUAUUGUACUUCAUCUUAGCAACUCUCAUUCGGCUUUGGUUAAAUGAACCUGCUGUACAGCAUGUUCCUGAUGACGACAAGUCAGGUAAUAGGGAAGAGGAAACAGAUUGCCAUCCAAAUGAAAUGACUGCAGAGAGAAGGCGCAGCCUGUGGUAUUCAAGCCGUUACCCAACUGAUGAAAGAAAACUUCUCUCAAUAACUCAAGAUGAACACAAGCCAACUGAUAUUCUACUGGUGACAGUGAAUGGCACACCUCUUGAUUAUCAGAACAUGCACCCUUUACGUCCCAUAGAGAAUGGGCCUGCCAAUGCAGACAUAUAUUCAAGACCACACUACAGAUGGGACCCAACAGUGGAUGACUUAGAAACAAAAGAGGAAGAAGAGGAACAGGAAGAGGCUGAGGAAGAAGAAGAUGCUGAAGAAGAGAAAAAUUCCAAAGUUCAUGCUAUGGUCACAGUUUUCCAUUUUAUCAUGAAGCAGAGCUAUGUGUGUGCUUUGAUUGCUAUGAUGGCUUGGAGUAUUACUUACCACAGUUGGUUAACAUUUGUGUUGCUGAUAUGGUCCUGUGUCCUUUGGAUGCUCCGUGAUCGAAGGAAAUACGCUAUGAUCAGUUCGCCUUUUAUGGUGGUAUAUGGAAAUCUGUUACUAACAUUACAAUAUAUAUGGAGCAUUGAACUGGAUGAUCAUGAACUUCCAGAAGUUUCAGAUUUUCUAGAACGAAAACGUCCUACAGAAUUAGCCUCAAAGAUCCUGUUUGCAAUUACUUUCUGGCUACUGCUUCGACAACAUCUUACAGAGCAGAAAGCUUUGCGAUUAAAGGAAGCUGUCUUAUCUGAAGUCAAAGUUGAAGAGGAAGGCAGUGAAGAAAAGGAAGGGUCUCAAAAAGAGGAAGAGGAAUCUCCAAAAGAGGAGGAGGAAGAGGAGGCGGAGGAAGCGGUAGCGGAGGAGGAAGAGGAAUCUGAAGAGGAAGAGGAAGAUGUAAUGAAAGUCUUGGGAAAUCUAGUGAUGGCUAUGUUCGUUAAGUACUGGAUAUAUGUCUGUGGAGGAAUGUUCUUCUUUGUCAGCUUUGAAGGGAAAAUUGUCAUGUAUAAAAUCAUCUAUAUGAUGCUCUUCUUGUUCUGUGUAGUCCUAUAUCAGGUGCACUAUGAAUGGUGGCGUCAAAUUCUGAAAUAUUUUUGGAUGUCAGUGGUAGUCUACACUAUGCUGGUGCUUGUUCUCAUAUACACGUAUCAGUUUGACUCAUUCCCAACACUGUGGAAAAACGCUACAGGAAUGAAUGAUGAACAGCUAAAGGAUCUUGGCUUAGAACAGUUUUCUGUAGGAGAAUUGUUUACCCGCAUCUUUAUCCCAACCUCCUUCUUACUCGUGUGCAUAUUGCACCUCCAUUAUUUCCAUGAUCGUUUUCUCCAGCUCACCGAUUUAAAAGCCAUUAUCAGUAAACAGGACAGUGCCAUUUACAGCCAUGCCAAAGUCAAUGGCCGUGUUUAUCUAAUAAUCAAUAGACUGGUGCAUCAAGAUGGAAGCUUGCCUGAUAUAACAAUGAUGACUUUACAUGCCAGUAUUGAAAAGGAAGAAGAAAAGAUAUUGCAAGAUCAGGAAAACAUGUCACAAGAACAGGAAAACAGUGUAAUGAUUAGAGAAGAUAGUGAACAUGAGAAAGAGGAAAAUGAAAAUGAAAAAGAAGAGGAAGAAGGGGAUGAAGAAGAAUAUGAUGAAGAUGAAUCAGAGACAGAAGAAACAUCAGAUUUAAGGAACAAAUGGCAUUUAGUAAUUGACCGCCUCACUGUACUUUUCUUGAAAUUCCUGGAAUGCUUUCAUAAGCUGCAAGUCUUUGUUUGGUGGAUUUUGGAGUUACAUAUUAUCAAAAUUGUUUCAUCAUAUAUUAUCUGGGUCACAGUUAAAGAGGUUUCUCUACUUAACUAUGCAUUUUUAAUAGCCUGGGCUUUUGCUUUGCCGUAUUCUCAGUUCCGCCCUUUGGCCUCCAGUGUCUGCACUGUUUGGACCUGUGUGAUUAUCAUCUGCAAAAUGUUCUACCAACUUGAAUCUAUUAAUACUGCAAACUUUUCUGUCAACUGCACAAUGCCUAAUACAACUGUAAAGCCAGAGGUCCUGAGUGAAUCACUUCUCUACCGAAAACCCAUUGAUCCAACUGAGUGGGUUGGGCUAAAAAAAUCUUAUCCUUUGCUUGUAUACUUGAGGAAUAACUUGCUGAUGCUGGCAAUUCUGGCCUUUGAAGUUACUAUUUACAGGCAUCAGGAAUACUAUAGAUGUCGAAACAAUCUCACUGCACCUGAUACCAAAACCAUAUUUCAUGAUAUUACCAGGUUACAUUUGGACGAUGGAGUAAUUAGCUGUCUUAAGUACUUCAUAAACUACUUCUUCUACAAGUUUGGAUUGGAGAGCUGUUUCCUGUUAUCAGUAAAUGUAAUUGGUCAGAGAAUGGAUUUUUAUGCCAUGAUUCAUGCCUUUGCCUUAAUUGUUGUACUGUAUCGACGAAGAAGAAAAGCCAUUGCAGAGGUCUGGCCAAAGUAUUGCUGUUUUCUAGCGUGCAUCAUUACAUUCCAGUACUUUAUGUGCAUUGGCAUUCCACCCGCUCCUUGUAAAGAUUAUCCAUGGAGAAAUCCCAACAGUAAUUUUAACUCUAAUAUCAUCAAAUGGUUAUACUUUCCAGAUUUCAUUCAACGCCCAAAUCCUGUCUUUCUUGUAUAUGACUUCAUGUUGUUAUUGUGUGCAUCCCUACAAAGGCAAACCUUUGAAGAUGAGAACAAGGCUGCUGUGCGUAUUAUGGCUGGGGACAAUGUAGAAAUCUGCAUGAACCUUGAUGCAGCAUCAUUUAGCCAACACAAUCCUGUCCCUGACUUUAUCCAUUGCCGGUCUUACCUAGAUAUGGGCAAAGUGAUAAUGUUCAGCUAUCUCUUCUGGUUUGUACUCACCAUCAUCUUUAUAACAGGAACCACUCGGAUCAGUAUAUUUUGUAUGGGCUAUUUGAUAGCCUGUUUCUAUUUCCUGCUGUUUGGAGGAGAUCUGUUACUAAAACCUAUCAGGAGCAUUCUUCGUUAUUGGGACUGGCUCAUAGCUUAUAACGUCUUUGUGAUUACAAUGAAAAAUGUCUUGUCAAUAGGAGCAUGUGGCUACAUUGGUUCACUGAUUAAGAACAGUUGUUGGGUGAUUCAGAUAUUUAGUCUGUCCUGUACAGUUAAGGGUUACGAAAUCCCUUCGAACAAAGAUUCAGAAUGUAAAAUACCAAGUGGGGAGGCAGGGAUCAUCUGGGACAGCAUUUGCUUUGCUUUCCUGUUGCUGCAAAGGAGAGUCUUCAUGAGUUAUUACUUCCUCCAUGUGGUUGCAGACAUUAAAGCUUCACAGAUUCUGGCAUCCAGAGGUGCUGAACUUUUCCAAGCCACAAUUGUGAAGGCUGUAAAAGCAAGAAUUGAGGAAGAGAAAAAAUCAAUGGAUCAAUUGAAGAGACAAAUGGAUCGUAUCAAAGCCAGGCAACAGAAGUAUAAAAAGGGUAAAGAAAGGGUGCUGAGCAUGAAUCAAGAAGCCUCAGAAGGUCAAGCAAUUCAAAAGGAAGAUGAUGAUGAUGACGAUGGAGAAGCAGACAAAGAAAAAGCCAAGGGCAAAAAAAAGCAGUGGUGGCGGCCUUGGGUUGAUCAUGCUUCUAUGGUCAGAAGUGGAGAUUAUUAUUUAUUUGAAACGGACAGUGAAGAAGAGGAAGAGGAUGAAAAAAAGGAAGAGGAAGAACCUCCAAAAAGAUCUGCAUUCCAGAGAGCUAUUGCGAAAUUUGCUUCAGCCAUUUUAGCCUUGCCAAAGUCUGUUAUUAAACUGCCCAAAACUAUUCUUCAGUAUUUAAUCAGAGCUGCAAAGUUUGUUUAUCAGGCCUGGAUUACUGAUCCUAAGACUGCUCUCCGACAGAGGCGAAAAGAAAAGAAAAAAAUUGAGAAAGAAGGAAGACGAAGGCGGAAAGGAUCUGGAGAUGUUAGUAUCGAUGUGGAGGGUGAAGACAGAGAGGAACCUGCUAAAAAGAAAUCAGAUGGACCUGAUAACAUCAUCAAAAGAAUAUAUAAUAUCUUGAAGUUUACCUGGGUUCUUUUCCUGGCAACAAUAGACAGCUUUACAGCUUGGCUCAAUUCAAUUUCAAGGGAGCACAUUGAUAUUUCCACCGUGCUAAGAAUCGAGAGGUGCAUGCUUACUAGAGAAAUCAAAAAGGGCAACGUUCCAACUCGAGAAAGUAUCCAUAUGUAUUACCAGAAUCACAUGAUGAAACUUUCCAGGGAAUCGGGAUUGGAUGAAAUUUAUGAACCUGGACAAGCUGAAAGGACGACGAGUCUAGAAUCUGCAGCAUCUCGAGAUAGCGAAACCAGCUGCUGCACUGAAGCAACCACCCUCUUGUUGUCAAGGCAGUCAACCCUUGAUGAUUUAGAUGGACCAGAACCUAUUCCUAAAACAAGUGAGCGUGCGCGACCUAGGCUUCGUAAAAUGUACAGUAUGGAUGUAUCCUCCUCCUCUGCUGACAGUGGCAGUAUAGUGUCAAGUGAGGCUACCCAAAUUACUAUGCUGUAUUCCCGUCAGGGAACAGCAGAAACAAUUGAAGAAGUUGAAGGAGAGGAGCCUGAGGAAGAGGGGGCAGAUCCAGCAUCAAGGCAGGAGCAUGAUAUGGAAGACUAUUGCUUGGAUUCUGAAGGUGCUGCAUAUACUCCUGAUACAGAUAUGCCAUCUUAUUCUGCUUUGGAUGGCAUUGCUGAACCCCCUCCUUCAUAUAGCAAAGUUGUGAGCUUGGAGCUUUUACCUUUGGAUGAUUCCCAAGAUGACUCCUCUGAUAAAAAUCAAAUGAUGGUGAGCCCAGAUGAAAAUCAGUCCAUCAAACUAGAGGAUUCCAUACUCCCUCCUUUGACACAUGAACUGACUGCAAGUGACCUACUUGUUAACAAAAUGUUUAAAGAUGAAGAAUUGGAUGAGUCAGAAAAAUUCUAUGCUGAUCAGCCACGAUUUUUAUUGCUUAUUUAUGCUCUAUAUAAUACACUUGUAGCCCGUUCAGAAAUGGUGUGUUACUUUGUAAUUAUUUUAAAUCACAUGAUCUCUGCCUCCAUGAUUACCCUCGUACUUCCUAUUCUUAUCUUCCUUUGGGCUAUGCUCUCCGUCCCAAGGCCUAGCAAACGUUUUUGGAUGACAGCUAUAGUCUACACUGAGGUAGCCAUCGUUAUAAAGUAUUUUUUCCAGUUUGGAUUCUUCCCCUGGAACGCAAAUGUAGAAAUUAAAAAAGAUAAACCUGAUCAUCCACCUAAUAUUAUUGGUAUUGAUAAGAAAGAGGGUUAUGUGCACUAUGACCUUGUUCAGCUACUUGCUUUGUUUUUCCAUCGAUCCAUUUUGAAGUGUCAUGGAUUAUGGGAUGAUGAAGAUGGAGGAGACAACAUCAGUAGUAAAGAUGACUCUGAUGAUGAGUUGGCUGAAUCAGACCGAAGGGGUUCUUCUGACUCUCUGACAUCCGUUAAUUUGGCAACAUCUGUUGAAUCCAUACAUGUUCAUUUUCCAGAGCAACAGGCUGCAGUCCGCAGGAAAAGUUCAAGCAGUGGGUCACAGCUUUCACACAGAUCCAGCCACUCCUCCCAUCGUUCAAAAAGAGGAAGUACCAGCACAAGGAACAGCAGUCAAAAAGGAAGUAGUGUGUUGAGCAUAAAGCAAAAAUCCAGGAAAGAACUCCUUAUGGAAAAGCUACGAGAACAAAUGAUCUUAGCAAAGGCAUUUACAAUUAAAAAGACACUUCAAGUAUAUGUGCCCAUCAAACAGUUUUUCUACAAUCUGAUCCACCCAGAUUAUAGUGCAGUGACUGAUGUUUAUGUCUUGAUGUUCCUUGCUGAUACUGUGGACUUCAUUAUCAUUGUGUUUGGAUUUGGCGCUUUUGGGAAACACUCCGCAGCAGCAGAUAUUACUUCUUCCUUAUCAGAAGACCAAGUGCCACAAGCCUUCUUAGUUAUGGUGCUCAUUCAGUUUGGAACCAUGGUAGUAGAUCGGGCGCUCUAUCUGAGAAAGACGGUCAUGGGGAAAGUCAUAUUUCAAGUCAUCCUUGUUUUUGGUAUACACUUCUGGAUGUUCUUUAUCUUGCCUAUAGUGACAGAAAGGAAAUUUAGCAAAAACACAGUUGCCCAGCUCUGGUAUUUUGUGAAAUGUGUUUAUUUUGGAUUAUCAGCAUAUCAAAUACGUUGUGGCUACCCAACCCGUGUACUUGGCAAUUUCCUCACCAAAAGUUAUAAUUAUGUAAAUCUCUUCUUAUUUCAAGGAUUCCGAUUGGUACCUUUUUUGACUGAAUUGAGGGCGGUAAUGGAUUGGGUUUGGACAGAUACUACUUUGAGUCUUUCCAGCUGGAUCUGUGUUGAAGACAUUUAUGCUCAUAUUUUCAUCCUGAAAUGUUGGCGAGAGUCUGAAAAGCGAUAUCCCCAGCCAAGAGGCCAGAAGAAGAAAAAGGCAGUGAAAUACGGAAUGGGUGGCAUGAUUAUCGUUUUGCUGAUCUGCAUCGUGUGGUUCCCACUGCUCUUCAUGUCUCUAAUUAAAUCUGUUGCAGGCGUCACAAACAAGCCUCUUGAUGUAUCCAUCACAAUAACUUUAGGGGGUUAUCAGCCUAUUUUUACAAUGAGUGCUCAGCAGAGUCAAUUAAGGAAUAUGACUGGCAAAGAAUAUAGUGAUUUUUUAAGGAAAUUUAAAGAUAAUUCUGCUUUGCAGUUUUUGGAGAACUAUGGAAAAGAAGAUAUAACAGUUGCACAGCUUGAAGGCAGUUCAAAUUCAUUGUGGACUAUCAGCCCUCCCAGCCGGAAAAACAUGAUUAAGGAGCUCAAAGCAAAUGAUUCUGAUUUUUCUCUAGUUAUUUCAUGGUCUGUUCAAAGGAAUUUGUCCCUUGGAGCAAAAGCAGAAAUAGCUUCAGAUAAAGUGUCUCUCAGCCUACCAAUUAAUACAAGAAUAAAAAUUGCUGAAAUGAUGGAACAGUCCAGCUCAUCAAACUUAGUAACGCUAGAAGAAGUGUAUCCACAUUAUAUAAAGGCACCCAGUGACUCUGUUGCAAAACCCAUCAAGCAACUCUUGAGAAAGUCAAAAGAUGAAAAUAUUACUGUUUCACUUUCCAAAAAUACUGUGUCUGGAAAUGAGUCCGAUCUUCGAGAGUGGUGGGUCCUAAACCAGACUUACAAACAUUUGGAUAAAGAUAGGACAAGGCUGGAACUUAUUGUGUUCAGUGACAAAGUUAGUCCUCCUAGCCUUGGAUUCUUGGCAGGUUAUGGUAUUAUGGGCUUAUAUGCUUCCGUUGUCCUGGUAAUAGGGAAGUUUGUCCGUGAAUUCUUCAGUGGGAUUUCCCACUCCAUAAUGUUUGAAGAGCUUCCCAAUGUGGAUCGUAUCCUGAAACUGUGUACUGAUAUCUUCUUGGUGCGGGAGACUGGUGAAUUAGAACUCGAGGAGGACCUUUAUGCCAAAUUAAUAUUCCUGUAUCGCUCACCAGAGACUAUGAUCAAGUGGACUAGAGAAAAAACUAAUUGAUCUCUUGGGAAGUCUUGCUGUAAAUCAAGAAGGCAUUGGUUUGUUUUUAAAGCACAACAUUCUCCUGAGCAUGAAGCCAUUUAUGACUGGGUUGCAAUGAAUUUUUUGUUCAUGGAAUCCACCUGGCUGCUUAAAAAGCUAUGCUGCCUUUGGAGUCAAAGGUGAAGAAAGAUAGGCCUUGUUUCAAAAUUCAGCUUCAGCUCCAGAGGAUUUUGUUGCUGUUGUUUGAUGAACAAAAAAUCAUGCAUCCCUCUAAGUUAUUGCGUGGGCUUUAACUCACCCUCUCAAGGGCAAAAGAAGGAUGCUACAACUGAAGUAAGCAGACCUUUAUGUUUUGGGGGGAAUCUUGGUCUUGGAUAGUGCAAUAUGCUGCUUUACACCACUGACUUUCAAGGGACAGCGGUGCUCUGAGUUACCGUCUCAAGAAAUCCAAGGCAGCAGGACACAGUGGGUGCUGAAGGAACUUUGUGUCUGUCCAAAAAAACUGCAUCUGUGGAAGAUACUACAGAUGAGCUUCUGGAAGUGAAAAACAAAACUCACAGACAUUAUCAUUAAUUGCCUUAUUUUAUUUGAACAUUUACCAGAGACAUUCAAAACAUCAGUGACUUUACUCAGGAAAAUAAAAACUGUCAAAAUUCAACGAAUGGAUAAUGAUCAUGGUGAAACAUUGUGAUAUCUUGUCAAGCCAUUUUCGCCAAAUAAUUUGUUUCCUCGUUGGACAGAUGUUUUAAGAUAAAAGACCAUUGAACUUUACAAGAAGCCUUUGAGGGCAGCCUUUUUUCUCUGCUCCCUACAACAUGCUUUCCCCAAUUUUGACAUUUUAAUCUAAUGAUCUGACUUGUAUCUAGUAUUUCCUUCCAGUGUUUCAGGUAUACAAUAAUGUUUACAUAUGAAAAUUCACAUUUUUAUGUCCAAGAUGCGUUUUUAAAGUUCCUGGUCAUGAGGAAAAAUAUAUAUAAUGAGCUUGAAAACAUGAGCUUUUCUUAAAUUAUUGCUAUUGCUGACACAGGCUCUUCAGUAGAGGGUACUGUAGCAUGAACAUUUAGUGUUGCAAUGUAGUUUUCAUUCCAUGGUUUAGAAAAUGCAGUUUCUCCGCAACAAUAUUGAGUGGGUAAGAUAUGCAAGGGGGCUGUACUGAGUAGUUCUGUUUCCAUAAUGACUUCUAAUGAAGCACAUGUUGCAAACUCUUUUCUUAUGCUUGUUUACACUGAAUGGAAAAGUCUUUGUAUAAAUUAUGUCUAAGUUGUGAAUCUCUCCGUAACCAUUUUUAAAAAUCAUCUUAGUAUUUAUUGUGUAUGAUAAUGUAAUAAGUCACUUAAAAGGAAGCUGUAGAUGGCAUGUGACAAGAGAAGGUAACAGUCUAAUUACUUCUGCAUUUUAUUCUGUUAUCUGGUAACUAGAAGAAUAUAAUAAGACUGUGACAUCACCCACACUGUUGAUCUAUUUUCAUGAAAACAUUGCUGGUAUCUUUUUAUUCUAUAUCAGAAUAUUUUGACAUAAGGAGGUCUGAACCAACAUAAAUCAUCUGAGAGCAUAUUCUACAAAUAAAAACAUUUUGAGUGGAAGUCAUUCAAAUAUGUUAUACCUGACACAAAAUAAUAAAGCCAAGGGGUUGUUCUCUUAUAAAGAAGGAGGGGUUUAUUAACAAAAGAAUGACUCCUUUUAUUAAAAGAUUGUCUUUUUAGUUGAUAUGAAAAGAGAAAGUCUUAUGGUACCUUAAGAAGUUGUGAAUAUAUUAGUUGAUGCAUGAAGUAUUCACAUGUCUACAGCACAUAAAUAUAUACAAGAUAAAAACUCAGUUUAUAGUUACUGAAAUCUAUCAGACCCACAACUACCCAUGUUGCACUUCAGGCCUUUUAUGUAUCUGACAAAGUAGGCUGUGAUCUAUGAAUAUUUCUGCCAAUAAACUAGGAAUACAUUAUUAAUGGAUACCCUAGGACAGUGUCGUCCAACCCGUGGCCCGCGGAACACAUGUGGCCCACCAAUUCAUUUUUGUUGGUCCUUGCCCUCUUACUGGAAAAAUAUUUUAACAUUUGGGGGGAAAAAAUACCCUUCUUACUGCUUUAAGUUUUUGAAUACAAUAUGUAAUUCGUUUUCUUUCUGGAAUGUCUCUGGCCCUCACAUUCCUAUACUAAAGUUUGACUAAAGUUUGGAUUACACUGCCCUAGAACAUAAUUUAGAUUGAGAAUCUCCAUUCUGCUAAUGGAAGGGCUCUGCUCACAGACUUCCAGAUGAUUUCAUCACAAGUCACCCAUCCAGCAAGAUCCCUUUCUAGACAUUUCCAGGGCCCUGGAGAAGCUGCCAUGGGAAGGAGAGGCAAUGAAGUCUGAGUCUAUGAGCCCAUUUGUACACACACAAAUCUGAACCCAAAUGUCUGGUUCUACUACUAGAUAGUAGCAUGACCCCUCCUCUCAGGUUUGAAUCACUUUACUAAGAAAUCUUAGUUGGCUGUAAAAGAGUCCUCCUUCCAAUCAGUCCAGUGUCCUCUUUCUCUGUAGUGGCCAAUCAGGUAUUUCUUGAGAGGUUACAAGCACAGCAUGCAUGCAAUCAUUGACAACUUUUGUUUUUCACCAACAACUGUACUCAAGAAGUAUAUGAGCUCUGAACCUGGAAAUUCAGGUUAGCUGCCAUGUUAAAAAUGGUAAUGGACUUCCCUUCCAUUAAUUUAUCUAAAUCCCCUUAUAAAGAGAGGUAGAUUCCAUAAGAUAAUUUGAGCUUCAUCUAUGAUUAAUACACUCAGUCAUUAUGAUCCAACACUCAAAUAGUAUGAAAUAGCAAGACAAGUUCCCCUCUCUGUUCACAUCAUGCUUAAUUUUAUACAUCUUUCAAAUUGUCCCUACUCAGGGUUUUUGCAUGUUUUUCAGCUAAACUGUCUCAGAUUUUAGAUGGGGUACUCGAAUCCCUAUAUCAUUUUGAUGAUCAGUGUUUUGGUAUUGCAAUUUAUAGGUAGUAAUGCCUUCUCCGAAUCACAAAAUUAGUGUGGAAGUUAAUCUGGCUAUCUCAAGCACUUACAGUUAUUACUCAUCCAAUAUUAAAAAGCACUUACCCUGUUUUUUUCUGUCAGUAAUUGUCAUGGUAAAGGAAUGCUCUCCACUGAAAUGGUAAGGAAUUGGGAUCUGGUUUGCUCCUCCUAUCUAAUCUAUUGGAAAUAAAAAAAACGUUGUGCAUGUCCCAUCUCUUAACAGCGCUCUUAAGUGUGAGAUCCAUAAAUCUUUCAGUCUUCCCAAAUCAUACUUCAUUUACAUGGUUAAUCUCUACAGGAUUCCAACUAGCAUGGUCAAACUACACACAGCCACCGAGACGGAUUAAAAUCUAAAUAGUGAAUGUGCUUCUUAUUAUCUCUCUUGUACAUGCAUGUUAUUUAUAAAACAUAUAUUUUCUCUCCAAACAAUUAAUUGUAUGAGGUUUUCUUUUUAACAAACGACACUGUGAUGCAAUUCACCCUGGAAUGGGUUUUGAUUUGUGGCGGGAUUGUAUCCUGGAACAUGUGAGAAACAUGUUAUGUGCAGGAUGCCUUUUUCUCUUGCUACGGAUGAAUAACCAAAGUCUCUCCCAUCACAUUUAGGAUGAAGCUAUAGUAGCACAAGGCAGAUGGCAUGGCAUAUGGCAUUCAGGUGCCAGACUAUAAACAAUAACCAAUCCCCAAGAACAGAAGAGCACAGCAGCAGCUUGGAGAAUGACAAACACAAGAAUGGCCUAGUGCAGGGAUGGGAAUUAUCUGGCCCUCCUGCUGUCACAGGGCUGCAAAUUCUUGCAACCAUGGCCAGCACAGUCAUAGAUGGGAGGUUAGGGGAGUGAGUUCCAGUCAAAAAUAUCUUGAGAGGAGCACAAGUCUCAUACUUGGUUUAGCGUCUCUCUAUGACCAAUUUGAACUUGGUGUACAUCUGAGUUUAACUGGGAGUCAAUAAAGAAAGAUGAUAAUGAUGUUUUUUUUUCCUUUUUGUAUGUCCCAUACCAUGAUCCUUCUACUGGAAGUAUAGCUUUCACUCUGUUAUUCCUAUAGCCUGGGGAAGUGAUCUUUUUGAUGAUUCCAAAAUCUUCCAACCACCAUGGCUAUGCUAAGGGAUUGUGGGCGUUAUUGUCCAAAAAGGUAACCUUUCCAAGUUCUGGCUAUACCUUUUGCGCUCCAUCAUUCAACUCAUCUACACAACUGUUGCAUACUUGAUGUGUAAUACACUACUGGAGCUAACAGUAUGGAAGACGGAUGCACAUCACACUUUGCCUGGUGCCUCACUUUUGCUUUUUAUUGACCAUCCUAAUAUCAAGUUUAUUUCCAUGUAAAUAAAGCUGUAAAUAUAUGUACAAACUACAAAUAUACUAUGUAAGACAAGAUAGGGUUUGGUGCUUGAUUUUGUUACCUGAAAGGGGAGUGUGAAAAGCCAGUGGCAAUGUGACUGGCAAAAAAAAUGAAUUAAAAAUAGAAAAAACAUUAAGGUACUAAUAGCCUUUGUAUAAUGCAAUUAUGAGGUGAAAAGGUCUUUUUCCUGAUUAAAGUUUCUUUUAACAAUAA